AUGCAACACAUUUGGCAGAGUCGUCCAACAACAGAGGAGAUGCGCGAGGUUCUGAGCGAGGAAGAGCUCAACAAGGCAUCCGAAUACGAAAGGGCAAAGAUGAAGUUUGCGAUCGUAAGGAACUUUGGUGUUUUUGUUAAGGACAUAGCUGUUUUAUGCUUCAUAGGCAAGAUUUAUUCACGAAUGACAAUCAGCUUCAUUGGUGACGAUACGCUGUUCUUUCUGAAGCUGUUUCUCAUUGAAAUGGUCGCAAGCAUCCCAUUCACCCUCUACAGCGACUUCGUCCUUGAAGAGCAGUUUGGCUACAACAAGAAGACCCUUGCUACCUGGAUCACUGAUCUCAUUUUCACCACACUCAUCAUGUCAGUGAUCAGUGUAUUCGCGUAUAGCGUCUGUUUCAAGUUGAUUGAGAAGUUCAGGUCAUUCUGGCUCUACAUCGCCAUUUUCAUGGUCCUAUUCAAGUUAUUCAUGUUCUGGAUCUACCCAAUUGCAAUAGCACCAAUUUUCAACAAGUUUACGCCAAUGGACAAGGAGAGUCAGCUCUACAAGAGCAUCAUCAGCCUGGCAAAGCAGGUUGAUUUCCAGGUUGGAUCGAUCUACACGAUGGAUGGAUCAAAGAGAUCAGGCCACUCAAAUGCGUAUUUCACUGGAUUGGGAAAAACAAAGCGAAUUGUGUUCUACGACACGUUACUGACGCAGAUGACCAGUGAUAGGCAGAUAUUGGCUGUUCUAGGCCACGAAUUCGGUCACUACAAGAAUGGAGACACUCUCUGCAUGUUGGGACUGAAUAAUGUCAUUUUUACAGGCAUCCUUUAUGCAUUCAACAGAUUCUGUGAACGAUACAAGUUGCCUACUGGAAUCUGCCUGUACGUCUUCAUGGUCUAUUCUGGGCCAGCAUUGCUCCUCUACAAGGCAGUCUUCAACUCGUUCUGCCGCUUCUUUGAGAGACGAGCAGACGCAUUCGCCGUGAAACUGGGAUUUGCCUCUGACCUGAUUGGUGCCCUGAAGGUGCUGGUUGUCAAGAACGGAUCCACUCUGAAGAUAUGUCCCCUCUAUUCGCUCAUUAACAGGACGCAUCCGUCUCCAAUUGAGCGUAUUGAGCACAUCAAACAGCACUUGAAGCCAAAGACCUCUCUAAAACUCAAACAGGAAUGA